GCCGUUGCACGAGCAACUAUCGAUUAACAACGCCGAAUACACAUUGCACAAAUAGAGUAGCAUUCGCGACCCACCAGCGAGGAUCCAUCUUCACCAUGACAACCUCACUCUUUGUUCCAGUGGCCUAUAUCACUGUGCUUGUCACAGCAAUGGCCAUCUUUUCUCGUGUCUACAGACGGCGACGAGCUGUCUCCAAGACAUCAAUAGAACCAUGGUUUCCUAGCCAUCCUACCCGAGAAGUCUAUAUGUCUCUGUUGGCUGACGAACCGCCCGCACCCGAAAAUCUCCUCAAGGCUGCUCUCCUGUCUCGCGCCAUCACCGACGUUCAACGUAUCUGGCGGCUCAAAGACGACAAGACUGCCCUUGCUAGCCUUCAUACACGAGGUCUUGUUGGUGACGACACCAUGGCUAGGUUUGCGGCUGCAGAGAAAGAGCUGGAAGCGGAAAUCGUGGAUGUGAUCUCAGAAGCCAACACUUUCAAGCAAGGGUGGGGACAAUUCUUAUUCGCCACUGCUACCGAGAUGGCCCAGUCAGAGAAAACCAAGGAAGCUGUAAUUAACAUGCAUAAGACAAGAAUUGCAGAAGAAAAACGUCUCGCACGGAGAGCCAAGUAUGAUACAUGAUAUAAAUAUCGAUCCAUAGUAGCCGAAUAGGUAACAAUUUCUUAACCAUUCAUGGAACACGGAAUCAGCUUUAUGUGGGCGGCUCCCCUAGACGUGCAAAUUGCUGUGGACUUAGAUGAUAGGGUAUUCGAAAUCAUUUGUUAAAAUCAGGGCAGCGGCAGUGACACCUAAUAGCAAAGGGGUGGCGGUGGUAAAAAAGGAGAAGAAGUAGGUACUUUAGCAUAGAUAGAAUCAUGAUCAUCGCGUCACCACUUGUACGAUUAAACUUCAGGGCAUUAUUAUUCCACAAGAAAAUUCAUGAAUGACUGG